AACGGAGUACGUCGAUCACGUGAUCAGUCAUUGUACAUUUGCAAAAGAAACGUAUGCCUUUGAAAGCGACACCUUUUUAAACGGAUAUUUUGAUGACGAAGAGACCGAGGAAGUUAAUAAUGAUUCACAGAGCAAGGGGAAAAAGAGAAAUAAAGUUUCCAAACCGAAACAGUGUUGCAAAUGUAAGUAUUUGGCGAAGACGAAGUUGGCGCUUUGGAUGCAUUUGCGUCAGCAUUUCUUGCAAGGAGACUGCACCGGCUUCGUGUGCAUCUUAUGCCCCUUCGCCACCAUGCUCAAACAUCACAUGACAUUCCAUUGGUUCAGUGCUCACGACGAUUUCAAGGGUUACACGUGCACCGAAUGUUCGUACACGUGCGUGAGUAAAUCAAUGCUAACUAGUCACAAGAAAACGCAUUCGGAGGUCUAUCAGUUCAAUUGCGCCAGCUGCCCGUACAGGACCAAAUUCUGUAACGCGAUGAAGAAGCAUCUGAAGGACAGUCUGCACAUACCAGGCCCGGUGCUGGACGCGGACGGUACGCCGAAUCCGUUCGCCACCAUCGACGUUUACGGUAACAAACGCGGGCCCAGACGAAAGCCGCUCGUCGAGGAGAGGAAGGAGCCGACGGAAAUCAUCAGAGACUCAUGCAUGCCGUCGACCUCAGGGUUAACGUCCCCGGUUUUACCGAUGCCGACCACCUCGACUCCGGUGUUACCGCUCCCGAUUCCGUCGGCCGCGAUCCUAGAUUCGUCGGAUUCGAAUGCGGAGUUGAUCGUGCCAUCGUUGCCAAUUCAGAGAUCGCCAGUCCGGAUAUCGCCAAUUCAGAGGUCGCCAGUCCGGAUAUCGCCAACUCAAAGAUCGCCAGCCCAGCUGCCGGCUCCGGUCCCACCGUCUCAUUCCAAUUCUCUAGUCACAGCCAUUCUGGCUACGUGUAAUAGAACGAACAGUGAGAACGGAGUGAAUCCGAGCAGCAACGAGCAGUCGUCGCUAUUAAAUAGCAGCGCGUUUAUCAUGUUGUGUCACUUUUUGUUCAGAACUAUCGCGUCACGUCCGGACGUAGAUGUGCGGCAGAGGUCCUAUUUGCUGGAAAAUGCCCAGAGAAUUUUAGGUGACCCAGAAAAUGCCCAGAGAAUUUUUGAUGACCCAGAACAUGUCGAACACGCGGCCGGCACGACUGCCAAUGGAGAUCUUUCUGAUAACGCGAACAGUACUGACCAACCCUCGACAUCCACGACGUUGGUCUCGGCACCUCGAGUGGCGGCAGAAGAAGACAGGCCGGCGGAGAAUCUAGAUGAGUCGACGGAGGCUCUAAACGUACCGAUGGAAAAUCUACAUGCGCCGACAGGCAAUCUGGAUGAGCCACUGGAUCUUAGUAUGUCCGCGAUGGCGAGAAGACCGCAGUUUCAGAUAUCGAUUCCGAGCUCCUCAUCAAGACGCAAACGUAAGCGUAAAGCGACGAGGCUAGAAUAUCCCACGACAAAUGAGAACACGGAGAACAGCGCGACACGACAAGUCCAUGCAACAUCUUCUCUUCUAGCGCUUCUAACGGCAAGUCAAACUGAGCCGCGGGGGAUAAACGAAACAUCUAAUAUGACAGAUAAUGCAAAUACACAUAAUAUGUCAUCAUUUGUUUGUUACCAUUGUCAUAUUAUAUUUGCGGAUGUAAUCAUGUAUGCAAUGCACAUGGGAUUUCACGAUGCCAGAAAUCCUUUCACGUGUGCACUGUGCAAUGAGAGAUCCGCAAAUAACGUUUCGUUUUUUCUA